CCCACCCCCCAAGGCCCGGAAGCGAAAGCCGGUCUGCUGCUUCCGUGCGGGGUCACGACCCGGGCGGCGGAGCUGGGACUCCGAGAGUUCUGGGGCCUCUCAGCGGGCCGGGUCGGUCCGGCCCGUCGCCAUGUCUCGCAACCUACGUACUGCGCUCAUUUUCGGCGGCUUCGUCUCGGUGAUCGGCGCCGCCUUCUACCCCAUCUACUUCCGGCCCCUCAGACUGCGGGAGGAGUACAAGAAGGAACAAGCCAUAAAUCGAGCUGGCAUCAUUCAAGAACACGUGCAGCCACCAGGGUUAAAAGUGUGGUCCGAUCCAUUUGGCAGGAAAUGAGCAGCCUGUCAUCAACUCUGGAUUAAUACAAGUGGACAGCGCCAUGUUUCUGAUUCUGCCGCAAGUCCAGGAAACCACCGAAUGGUAGAACUGUCGCUGGAGAAGGAAACGCUGUCCUGCCAGCAGUGAGAGUCCUGGGCAGUGUGAUCAAUAGUUCUCUUCCUCUAGCCUAAAAGGAGCCCGGAACAGCCCUUAUUGUUAGCAAGGCCUUCUCCAUCCAGCUUACUUUCUAAAAACAAACAAACAAACAAACAAAAUGACAGCGUCUCCCUCAGCUGUGUGUGCAGGAGAGAUCCUUAGCCCCGACUCUUUACGCGGCCAAGCUGGGAUGGUGGGCAGACAGCCCAUGGACUCUCAGACAGCCAUACCGGUUCUGCCAUCUCUUAGCAAAGACAUUUCAGUGAACAUCGCCUCGCCUUUAAGCGUUCAAGUUGAUAAUAUCCUUUGAAGAUAGCAGGCCCCGGCCUUUAAGGAAUUAACUGCACUAUUGAAAGCUUCUCGUUAUUAGAGAGAGCCCUGCAUCAAGCAGAGCCCAGCUACAUGGUGGGGGGUGUGCGAAGCAGGAAUCAAGUUGAAUCGGCAUGGAAAUCUGUUCAUUAAAUUGACUGUUUUUUCUCUCA